AUGAGUACGGAUAUCGAGGCUUCGGAACUGUCGAGUCCUUAUACCAAAACUUUCUUCCCGAAUUCCAGGCAAGUAUGGAGAAUUUGUAGUAACUUGAAGCAUCUUAUCGAUAAGGUAGUAUCGGUCGAGUUUGCUGAAAGCGACAUCACCGAUGCCGGAUCUCCAAUUUUGAACGAAAAUGUCAUUGGGUUGGUCUACAAGGCUGCUGGAGGAAAAGGAAAUGGCAAGGAAGGUACAUCGUCUUACAGGUACCAAUCUUCUUUGGUGUUUUGUUUGUUGAAGGUUUGUGAUUGGUACUGGCAGCAGGCUGAGUACGAAUUAUAUGACACUAAUUUGUACAACUUAAGAGCCGUGGCUGCCCAAAGGUUGGCUGCUGAUAUCAUUGAAAGAACUGAGAAUGAUGAGUACUUGUUUUUGGCAAUGUUAUGUCACCGUUACACCAUUUGCUUGAAUGACGAGGAUUCCCCUCCUUUCAAUGUGAUGGAAUUGGCAGUUGACAUGCAUUCCACCACCAUCAUUGGGUCAGCUGGGUAUCAGAGAUGCAUCAAAUGGUUGUGGAGAGGCUGGAUUGUGCAAUCUGAAAAGGAUCCUUAUUCUUAUGAAUUGUAUCGGGAAACUGCUUCUCAGAAGAUCGCUUGUCACUUCAAGCCUUCGAGAGUGAAGACCCCAUUGUACCAGAAUAUUUUGGAAAUCCUGUUUUCGUUGCUCUACCUUCUCUUCUUCACUAUUGUGUUGAACACCCAUCAAGUGUCGACUUCCAAGCUCGAUACUUGUGAAGUGUUUUUCUACUUGUUUACGUUGGGUUCAAUUGUCGAUGAGUGCAUCAAAUUCUAUCAUGUGGGGUAUUACUACUUGGGAUUCUGGAACGUGUUCAACGACCUGAUGUAUUCGAUGGUGGUCAUCGCAGUUGGGUUCCGGUUUGCUAGUUUGGCUAACAAGAGUCCUUUGAAGGAGCAGUAUGAUGAAAUCUCUUUCAGAGUUUUGUCGUUGGUGUCUCCUUUGAUGUGGUCGAGAUUAUUGUUAUACUUGGAUGCUCAGAAGUUUGUGGGGGCCAUGAUUGUGGUUAUCAAGACGAUGAUGAAGGAAUCGCUUAUUUUCUUUGUUUUGUUGAUCAUCAUUAUUCUUGGGUUCUUGCAGGGAUUCUUGGGGUUGGACGCUUCAGACGGUAAAAGUGAAGCCACCAAAGCAAUCUUUUUAUUUUUGAUCAAAGCGGUUAUUGGAGGUUCUAGUUUCGACGAUGUGGCAAAGCUUGUCCCCCCAUAUGCAUCUAUCUUGUAUUACGCAUACACAUUCGUGUUAACGGUUAUUUUGAUGAACAUUCUUAUUGCUUUAUACUCCACCGCAUACAGUAACAUUGUGGAGAAUGCCACCGAUGAAUACUUUGCCUUGGUAGCCCAAAAGACUUUGAGAUACAUUCGUGCUCCCGAUCAAGAGUUGUACGUUCCUCCGUUGAACUUGAUUGAAAUCGUGUUAACUCCACUUUCAUGGGUUGUACCUACCAAGUACAUGCAAACAAUCCACUACUUUAUCCAAUUGGUGAUCUACUCUCCAAUUUUGACCUAUAUCACCGUCGACGAAUUGGCCAAUGCCAGAAGAGUUCACUACAACAGAUUCAAAGGGUUACCUGACGAUGCAAAUGAAAUAGACACUGAAUGGGAUUUGACUGAUGGGUACACUGACACUGAUGGAAGUGAAUGGGAAAGUCUUCAAAAUAGCAAUGCUCAAGUGUACGAAUCCUUAGCUAAGCAGAGAAGUGCAGAGGCUGAGGAUCCUGAGUUCAAUAUUGAUAUGACCAAAUUUUCUAAGGAUAUCGAUGAAGUGUCUAAGCCUGUUCUCGAUGCUAACAGAUUAGGUAUCAAAUGGGAGUAUUAUGAAAUCUAUAACCAAUUGUCCGAAUUGCAGACGUUGGUUAAAGCUGUUUUGAAGGAGAAUGAAUUAUUGAAGGUAGCUUUGGUGAAAGACGAACCAACUGUUAAGAAAGAAGCCGAAGAAGAAGUACAGUCUUUGAGUAGCAAGACCACAAAAGCUUCAUCUUCAUCCGCUAAAAAGUCAUCCAACAAGUAA